CCCUCAGAGUGCAGGGACGGAAGGCGUAAGCUCGCAAGCAGGAAGAGGCGCCGGACGGCAGGCAGGAGACGAGGAUGGCCGGGCUGUUGUGUCUGCCGGAGCCCCUCACGGCCCUGCAGCUGAAGCGGCUGGAGGGGCACAAGUACAGCGCCGCCGGCCGCUCCCUGCUGGAGCCCCUCAUGCAGGUCUACUGGAACUGGCUGGUGGAGAAGGUGCCCCUGUGGCUGGCACCCAACACUAUCACCUUGGUCGGGCUGGUCAUGAAUAUUGUUACUACGCUGAUUGUCGUCUACUAUUGCCCCACGGCCACUGAGGAGGCGCCAGCAUGGGCACUUCUGCUUUGUGGUAUGGGCUUGUUUGUGUAUCAGUCAUUGGAUGCUAUUGACGGGAAACAAGCUAGAAGAACGAACAGUAGCUCCCCACUAGGGGAGUUGUUUGACCAUGGAUGUGACUCCAUAUCAAUAGUGUUUGUAGGAGUGGGGACGAUAGCAGGAGUAGGUCUUGGAACCAUGCCCAGCUGGAUGUUUUUCUGCUGCUUUAUCAGCAUGUUCAUGUUCUUUUGUGCCCAGUGGCAGACCUAUGUGUGCGGUACCCUGAAUUUCGGAUUCAUUGAUGUAACAGAGCUGCAGCUUUCUGUGGUAGCAGUGUUUAUGCUGUCUGCAAUUUUUGGAACUUCGCUUUGGGACUAUGAGAUUCCUAUGACUGGGUUGCCGAUUAAAGUCCUUCCACUUAUGGGGAUUGUGUUAGGAUCAAUUUACUCCUGUAGCAACUAUUUCAGAGUCAUUCUUAAUGGUGGAGUAGGUAAAAAUGGAUCUACUGUAGCAGGAACAAGUGUGUUAUCUCCUGGUAUUCACAUUGGUCUGAUUCUUGUAUUGGGACUGAUGAUUUACGUAAAGUCAACAACAGACUUAUUCCAUCAGCAUCCGUGUCUUUACACCUUUACCUUUGGGUUCGUGAGCGCCAAAAUCACUAUUAAGCUUGUGUUGGCCCACAUGACCAAGAGUGAACUAUAUCUUCAGGAUUCUGCAUUUAUUGGACCAGGCCUUCUGUUUCUUGAUCAAUAUUUCAACAGUUUCAUUAAUGAAUACAUUGUUUUAUGGUUGGCACUCGCUAUUUCGUUGUUUGAACUGCUGAGAUAUUGCAUAGGUCUUUGCCUGCAAAUUGCAACACACCUGCGAAUAUCAGUCUUCAGAAUCCCCCCUAUGCCAUCUGCAGAGCAGGUACAAGUUAUUCCGUCAGGGAGCCAUCAGAAUAACAUUGACUGAAGAGACUUUCGGACACUUGCCAUCUCUUGAUGUUGCUGGCAGAAGAAAAAGGACAAAUAUGUUAAACUAUUUUUAUACCUAUUUCAUAUUUUCAUAAUAAAGCUUUCUGGAAAAAUAA